GCCUUACUUCACCCAUCCCAUCCUCAUCCCAUUCUAUCCCCGUCCAAUCCAAACCAACUCGAAACACCACGGCUUCUCUUCUCACGAUAUCGACCGACCGCGACCCGACGUCUUAUUCUUUUAUUUCUUCUCCAUCCAUCCGUCUAAGCGAAGCGCGCGCCUUGUUCUGUCGAUCGUCAUCGCCACUCGCGUCAACUUGGCAAGCAUCUGACUACAUACAUACUGCUCCCAGCCCUCGACAAUCCCGAUUUCUCCGCCUUAUCUUCUCGUCGCCUGCCUUCUCGCCAUGCCGAGCAUGCUCUCGUUCGCUGCACAAUAGAGACGGACGUCUAUAGCCAUCUGGGCUGGCCCGAAGGAGGCUCACUUCGUCCUGUCUUGCCACAACAUACGCACCUACAUACACCAUAGCAUCGUCUGCCGCUCGUUUUUGCUUCAGCACCCGUCAUCAUGGCCAACUCUCCACCGCACGCCAUGGCGAUGGACCCGCCUCACAUCACCGAGUUUGCUUCAGAGCGAUAUUUCGAGAAGCUUAACCAGCUCAACGCUCAGCAACAACACCAACAUCACCAUCAUGUACCCCCGACUCACGACUCUCUCGACGCCUCGACCUCUGCCGCGCAGCCCUCAAGAUUCAUCCUCCCUCUGCGAGAUUCAAGAGCUGCCGAAGUCGAGGCUAUCCAACCAAACCAGAGACGGGAUAACAAGAGUCGAUUUCACAAACUCCGCCAUAAGGUUUCGAUCCUGCAUUCCAAAUCCACACAUGCUGGGUUUAAUGCAUCCCCUUUCGCUCCUCGUUCCUCGGUCGAAUCGCCACAAAAGAGUGCCGGCUUUGAUCAGCUCUUUCUCGCAUUGCCAAACGAGUUGCAGAUUCAAAUCAUAUCCUCUCUUCCCUUGACCGAUGUCCUCAACCUCCGACUUGCCUCUAAAUCAUGGCAUACUCUCAUCACCCUUAACGAAACCACCAUCGCCCGAUACCAUCUCGAACACCACAUCCCCGCCUAUGCAUCUCGCCUUUACCCCGUAUCAGAUAUCAACGAAAUCAACUUUCACCAUUUGUGUGGCAUCUGGCAUCGACUACAUGUUGCUGCCAAGCUUGCCUUCCUCAUUUGCGAAUGGGUCACUAAAGAUAUCUUCCUCCGUCAAACCGAAGCUCAACGACUCGCCUUUGCUCCCCAGCAUGAGCGCAUGCGCCGACGUUUGAUACCUCUACUAUUUACUAUUUUCCACUUUUUCGAAACCUACCGAAAACUGCACCUGGAGCGCCUGGCCGAGAACGGUGGCCAAGGAAUGAAGCUGGAGCCCUACACCAUCAACCCCAUCGAGGCCGAAAUCAUGAGCAUGUACGACGACAAGACGUUAUUACGGGUCCACGAAGUAUUUCCGCUGGUUAUAUCCUCGUUUUGCCGACGUCUACGACCUCCGACGUACGUGGGAAGGGUCGAGCGAUCACUACGUGGUUACAUCCGAGAGAAGCCGUCUGAUGAAAUUCACUCCGCCAUAUUAUGUAUUGGUGGACUACGACAAGUGGAGAGGCUGUGGGAGAUCAAGGGAUACAAUUCACGCCGCGGUGCCGUCGACACGUGGGUUAAUGGUCUGGUCAAGGAGCAGCCCCGGUCAGAAGGUGGAUCAAAGGGGAAGCGAGGAUUGUUUGGGCGCAAGAAGUCUUUGAGUCACGAUGCUCGAUCUUCGGGUAAUGGCCUAAGUAGGGUCCGGAGCUCCGGUUCGAUGGACGACGCCAUGGACAUCGACGUCAACUAUAUCUUCAACACAAGCCUUGCCGCCGGCGCCCCCAUGUCACCCCUCAGCUCAGAGCAGGCACAGGCUAUGCUCAGCGACCUGCCAGUGCUACAGCAAAUAUGGCUUCCGACGGCUGAGGCCAUCAUCCUCCAACGCCGGGUUGUCGACCGACCACAGGACAUCAAGCGCAACCAGCAGGUGAUGCUUGAUUUGAUCCAAGAGGACGGAAUGGACGACGAGGACGAGUGGUGGUACGGCCGCAGCAUCCCCGAUUCCGUGCGGCCUCCCAUGGGUGUAACCGAUGACGAUGCCGACUAGAGGGCGUUUGCUCGACCAGACGUGUGUCGACGUUUUCCUUGGCUGAUUCUUCUUUGUUUGCUACGGGUGUACUUGGUUGAAAGUACGCAACAACUACUACUACUGGUGCCUGGGUGUAUGCGUGUGUCAAGAACGGGAUCAUGAGCAUUUACACGGCGUUUUUGAUGGGCUGCGGAGAAAAGGGUUACCGCGUUGUCUUGCGUGACACCGGAAAGGAGCACUGGCCAGGGUUUUUCUUUUUUUUCUCUUCCAUUUUCUUUUCUACACUUAUCGUCUCUACGCGAGUCUUUCCUAUCUGUCAUCUUUUUCUACUCAUGUCAUGUUUGGAGCGAGCUCCGUAUUGGAUGGACAGGAGAAGGGCUUCUUCUGUAUGUGGGCGGGUAAAAAGGAAAGGGACGGGGAUUACGUUUGUUUGGCAUUCAUCUCAACCAGCCUCGCGCGGAUAGAUAUUGCGGGCGUGCAGUGCAUUCUUGGUUUCCUUUGUAUCUUCCCCUCAUCCCAUUCCUCUGAAGGAUGGCACCGGGAACAAAUAUCCUUCUACCUAUCCCAUGCAUCUUAUAUCCAAGGCAUGAGGACCAUCUACAUCUAUCUACCUAGGUACCGACUAGUCAAAGUCAAAAAGAGAACGGAUAUAAUU